GCCCAGCACGUGCCCCCACCCCGGCCCCAAAAUUCCCCAAUCCGCCCAGCGCCCCCGGUCUCCGCAGCUUCUCCCUACCCGCACUGCCGCGCACCGCCAAAUCCUCCUCGAAUUCCGCCGAUCCGGUCGGCCCCUCGUCGGAACCGCCCGCCCCGCGCAGCCCCGAUCCCCGCCGCCGGUGGUCGCCCGCGAGGCCAGGCGAGUCGGCGGCCCGUCACCCGCCCCCCGCGCUGUCGCCGGCUCUACCAAGGAGAAGAUCCUUAUGAGUUGGUUGGCUGUGAAUUCAUAUAAAUUCUGGUACUGUGAAAAUGGGUCAAAAGGUGGCAGGAAGUUCGUGACGAGAUUAACCAUAGACGAUUGAGGCCUGAGUGGAUUUAGUACAGGAAGAUCAGAUACAGUGAAAAGGGAGCGCAGUCGUGAUGGACAGAGCUGGCGGUAACCAAGCAGGCCAGGUGUCGAAGAAAGGAAAGAAGAAGCACGCGAAAGACGAGUCAGACCGGCAGAAGCAGGCUGAGAAGAAGAGGCGCCGGCUGGAGAAAGCGCUCGCAAACUCUGCCGCGAUCAUCUCGGAACUGGAGAAGAAGCGGCAGCAGAAACAGGAGGAGCAGAGGAGGCUGGACGACGAAGGGGCCGCGAUAGCCGAGGCGGUGGCCCUUCAUGUCCUCAUAGGCGAAGACUGCGAUGAACCCCGUCAGCUGAGGUGGAACGGCCAUAGAGGCCGCGGCCAUCGGGACGAUUUCGUGGAUCAUGAACCGGCUCUAGGCGCGCAAGGAGCAGGAGCAGAUACCUAUCCAUAUGGAAGCCGGUCACCGCUGGCACGGGCCCCUCGUUCCCACAUGCCCCAGUGGAGGCUCACCGACUGUGGCAUGUCCGGGCCAUUCUCGUUCUCAUCGUGGGAGCGAAUGGGCGAUUUUGAGGGGCUAUACUGCGAAGGGGCACCCUGCCAGACAGACCAAGACACUUACUGCCACGGCCUCGUAGCAGCAACCCAGGCCGUCUCUCCAUUCCGAUACGGUUCGGAGGAUCCAUUCCCUGCCCAUGGAACGGAGGGGGCUUCCUCCAUCAACAUCAUGCUGGGCGGCGCCAGCAACAGCCUGAACAUCUACAGAAGACAAUUCUAGAUCAUAGUUACUUUGUUUUUUACACCAAGGGUCGAUCUUUUCAUUUGCUGUGAUACUUAGUUUUGCGCCGAGAAACCGAAAGUGGAUAUAGGAUAUAUAGGAGCCGUCUUACUGUCGAGUCGAAGAAGAAGCGGUGUGUAUUUGGCGUCAGUUACAGACAGUGGGUUUUUGUGAUGAAUUAUUAAUAUAUGUUUUUGCUUUUACCA